AUGGGAGCCAAGCUGCUGUGCUUCUUCCUCACCUCUGCCUUCGUCGCUUACUACAUCUACGCCCCUGUGGCCAAGGACUUUGAGGAGCCCUGGAAAGUGAUGUUCCUCUCGAUCGGCUCCUCGGCCAUCAGGAAUCUGGCUGAGGCUGCUGAUCUGCUGGGUCUGAUGGACUUUGUGGAUGCUCUGGCGCUGGUCACAGACGCUGACCAUGUCGCAGCCGUAUCCGAUGAGAACAUCACCGUGAUGGACACCGAGUUGAACGGCGUUGCUGUCCGUCUGUACGUGCCCAGGCAGGCGUCCGCGGGGCUGAGAAGGGCAGUGGUCUUCUUCCACGGCGGAGGCUGGUGCCUGGGACACCCAGGCUUGAGAUCCUACGACCACCUGACAAGGCUGACUGCGAACAGGUUAAAUGCUGUCGUGGUAUCAGUCAACUACAGGCUGGCACCCAAAUACCACUUUCCCGUGCAGUUCGAAGAUGCGUACUCGGUAACCAAGUUCUUCCUCCAGAGAAGCAUCCUCUCCCAGUACGGGGUGGACCCCGACCGUGUUUGUGUCGCAGGAGACAGUGCCGGUGGCAACCUAGCUGCAGCUGUGGCACAACACCUGUUAGAGGACUCUGAAGUUGAAACUAAGCUGAAAGCCCAAGCUUUGAUCUACCCAGCUCUUCAAGCCCUUGACCUGGAUUUGCCGUCUUUGCCGUCUUACCGAGAAACCGCGCACAAGCCCCUUUUAACCAGGUCGUUCAUGGUCAGGCUGUGGAGCACCUAUUUCACUGCCAAUCCAUCUCUCAGGGAAGCGAUGGCCUCCAACAGGCAUGUCCCAGUUGAGUCGAGCCACUUGUUCCAGUUUGUGAACUGGAGCAAUUUGCUUCCUGAAGAGCUGAAGAAAGACCACGUUUACACGGCUCCCGCGUACAGCAGCCCCGAGCUGGCCCAGAAGUACCCGGGCUUCCUGGAUGUGAGGGCGGAGCCGAGCUUCUGCUUCCACUUCUCUGCUUCCCAAUUGCCCCUGGAACGGCGUGAGCGCGGAUACGGGCUGCAGACGCAGUGCUCUGAGAGCAUCGACAAAUUCUCCGACAACUUUGAAAACACUUGA